GCUUGCUCUUUUUUUUUUGUGAGUUGAAGAGUCACCAAGAUCCUUCACUUUCUUACCAGGCCGUCCAUCAUUUCCUCACAUAACAGUGCUCUCUGACAAAAUGGCCCCCUCUACGCUCACAGAGAACAUCAAGAUCCAGAACAGUCAGAGCAAUGGCGACAGCCUCCGUCGCGAAGUCUCCCGUAGCCUGUCCAUGUCAACUUCACCGCAAGAGACGUUCCACCACCGCAAGAUGUCCAUGGGCGUCGAGGGCACGUCUCCAGGCCUGCUGCGCUCGAGAACAGGCGGUGCUGCACGAAAGCAACUCAAACCCUUCCGAGAGCAAGACAUAAAGAUUCUGUUGCUGGAGAACGUCAACCAGACUGGGCGAGACAUACUCCAGGGCCAGGGAUACCAGGUCGAGUUCAUGAAGAGCAGUUUGCCCGAGGACCAACUUAUUGAGAAAAUAAAGGAAGUCCACGUAAUCGGCAUCCGCUCCAAAACGAAACUGACCGCACGAGUCCUGUCCGCGGCCCGCAACCUCAUCGUAAUCGGCUGUUUCUGCAUUGGCACGAACCAAGUCGACCUGAAAUAUGCCGCCGAACAUGGCAUUUGCGUGUUCAAUUCGCCCUUCAGCAACUCCCGUAGCGUGGCCGAGCUGGUUAUAUGCGAGAUCAUUGCGUUGGCAAGACAGAUCGGAGACAGAAGCAACGAAAUGCACAAUGGCACGUGGAACAAAGUGAGCGCAAAGUGUUGGGAGGUCAGGGGUAAGACGCUGGGAAUCAUUGGAUACGGACACAUUGGAAGCCAACUCUCCGUCCUCGCCGACGCAAUGGGCAUGGACGUGAUCUACUACGACAUUGUGAACUUGAUGGCCAUGGGAACUGCGAGGCAAGUACCCACCCUCGACCAUCUACUCUCACACGCAGAUUUCGUAACGUGUCAUGUGCCCGAGCUGCCCGAGACGAUGAACAUGAUUGGUGCGCACGAGUUUGAGAUGAUGAAAUCCGGGAGUUAUCUCAUCAAUGCUUCGCGCGGGAGUGUUGUGGAUAUCCCAGCGCUCAUCGAUGCCAUGAGAAGUGGCAAGAUCGCUGGCGCCGCGCUGGACGUGUACCCAUCCGAACCGGCGGGUAAUGGCGACUAUUUCACAAACGAGCUCAACAGCUGGGCCGAGGAUCUCAGGAGCUUGAAGAAUCUAAUCUUGACGCCACAUAUAGGCGGGUCGACGGAGGAAGCCCAAAGCGCAAUUGGUGUGGAAGUGGCCGAGUCGCUGGUUCGCUAUGUCAAUGAAGGCGUGACAAUUGGCGCUGUGAAUAUGCCCGAAGUCUCGCUACGCAGUUUGACCAUGGACGAGCCGAACCAUGCCCGUGUGAUUUUCAUCCAUCAGAACGUGCCCGGAGUCUUGAGAAGGGUGAAUGAGAUCCUUGGCGAUCAUAAUGUCGACAAGCAGAUGUCCGACUCACGUGGGGAUGUGGCGUAUUUGAUGGCAGACAUCAGCAAUGUCAAGGAGGAGCAAGUGGCGGAGCUGUAUCGUGAGUUGGAGAGUCUGAAGGAGAGGAUCAUCACGAGGAUCUUGUACUAGCAACCGUUGCUGGUGUGUAUCUGCAUAGCGGCCUUCAACAGAAAGCAAACCUAUGGCGUUCUAGGGCAAGGGUGGACGAUUGAAGCGCAUAUCAGGAGUUCAACAGCACCAACGGGCAUGCAAAAAUGAAAGGAAGGGAGAACAAACAGUACCAGAAGAUCGUAAUAUAUUGCUAGCAUCGAGUCAUCCCUCUGAAGUCGGCUCUUCUGAAAAGCCAAUCCCGAAUCUGGGUUAUUUCCUG